AAUUUUCAUUUGAAUUGCUGAAGUUUGGUGGGAUUACUGCACGAAUUGGCGAGAAAAUCGUAAGGUCUCAGGCUCAGCUGUCAAAGUAAAUGAAAAAAUUGAGAAUUUUUCAAAGGAUACAGAGGAAAAUCCGCUCGGAAAAUCGUCGAUCGUCGGGAAAAACCACUCGGAGCGGUCGCAAUGGUGGUUAACAUUCUGUUUACGAUGCAUCGAAAGUGGUAACAGUGAAAAUUGGGCGUUUUUUCCUUCCUUGUAGUUUGGUUUUUCAGUGGGUGUGUGGCCGAGGAUCUUAAGAAAAUUUAAAUUUUGCUGCUCCCCAAAAAAAAGGACCAUACAAGAUGCACGCCGGACUUCCGUAUUACAUCUGCGAUUCGACCCCUCACCUCGGCACUUUCUAAGUACAAACCGUUUUACGAUUUAAAUCGCACGCGCGCGCGCGCGUGACGCUGAUUACCGGCGCGUUUAUUUCGCCGUCGCGGUGACGUCGUCCCGGCCGCCGACGCUGACGUCCAGCAUGGCGACGACGGCGCGACGCCGUCCCGACUCGACGGAUUCCGCCGACGAUGACAUCGCCGCCAUCGCGAAACAGAUCUCGGAUACGGCCGAGGUGAUUUAUCAGAAUUGGAAGUCGAGAAAUUUGGCACCCUCGGAUUUGAUUAACUGUCACGGGGCCGGAGAAACUGCCAAAUUAGGAUCGAUGUUAAAACCGCAACCGCCGGCGAAGCCGUCGAUCGACUUGCUCGCGCAGGCGCCGAACAUGGACAAUAACCGUCUCGAGAAACUGGUGAAAAAUUUCGUGCACGAGGACAAGCAACGGUUGGCGGCUCAGGCGGCCGCUCAGAAAACCUCGAAACCGAUGCCGAGCAGUAUCCAGUACGCGCUUCAGAAGUUCGAGAAGAAUUCGGCGGCACUUGUCGAAAAUGGUUGUGGCAGUCAUCACCAGGCGCAGAAGAAGCUCGGAAGUCCCGUGGGACCGGUGGGGAAGAGAGUGGCCGGAUUUGGUCAACAGGUGACGAUUGAACAGACUUACCAGCCAUCACCACCACCACCACCAUCAUCGACACCAACACAAACCAAACCGCAAAUCGGUCAAAAACCGCAGAUCUUACCAAAACCGCCCCACCUCUCGGAGACCAUUGAAAUGACUUUACCACCGGACAUAUGCCCUUCCGGGUUACAGACGUGGCCACUUAAAAACCGGGUCAUAUCGACCGAGAAUGUCGGAAAAAUAACCGGAAGUACGGUUACUGGCUUGACAUCCGGUCAGGCGGCGGUUCCGGUUACUAGUUUGCCCGGUCAGUCGCAUCAUUUUAAGCCAGUACAGACGGGAGGUGCUAGAACUUAUUGUACCUUGCCUUCGAAAGUUUCUAAGACUACUAUUGAUGAGGUUGAUCUAGAAGAGAAAAGACUAAUAAACGCGCUUAAAAAUGGCGACGUGGUAAACGAGGAUCCAGUCAUAACGCAAAUUCCUUCGAAACACAUUCUCCGGGAGCCAGAAAAAACGUUGGAGGGCACCUCAAAGUGGGGACUAAGAAGUACCCCGAAACGACCGGAACAACAGGUGCCGCAUCCAGAACUGACCUCAAGCCAAAGACUGCAUCUACGUCAAACGGCGGCCAAUCCCGUAAGGCCGUUCCUGACACGUGGUUCCGUAGCUGAGAGGGUGCUGAUUUUCGAAAGGUGUCCCAGCGACCUCCUGUUGGACAAAAGGGCCAGGGCACCUGCUUCACAGCUUAUUAAACCACAGCCACUACCAAAACAACCAUCUCUGCAACACACAACGUUACAAAGACACGUCAAGGCCCAUAGAAAUGUGAAUAUCCCGAGGUUCCAUUAUCCCACGGGAAAACCAGGACCGCCCGGUCAGCUCGAUACCAUUAGAACGAACGUUAAGGCAGCAUUCGCCGGUAUAGGUGAAAGGGCAUCCAGAGAACAUUUCGGAACCAUAGCUCAAGCGUGUCAAUUACCUUUGUACUGGAAAACUCCGUUGUAUCUUGCCGCAUGUGCUGAUAAGGGUGCUUGCACUUUUGAACAGUUUAUGACGUUUUGGCAAGGUAUGGCUUUAUCAUCUCACGACGCUGCGUCAAGGUUCGUUUAUAUACUGACAAGGGGUCGAAGACAGUAUUUAGUUCCUGAAGAUUUCAUUCCUAUGGUGCAAGAUGUCGUCGAAACCCAUCCCGGCCUGACGUUCUUAAAGGAAGCCACUGAAUUUCAUUCGAGAUAUGUACAUACCGUGAUCGCAAGAAUAUUCUAUUGUGUUAAUCGCUCUUGGUCCGCGAAAAUUUCGAUAGCAGAACUAAGAAGAUCAAACUUGCUCGGGGUCAUUCAAGUCUUAGAGGAGGAAGAGGAUAUUAAUCAGAUUACUCAGUAUUUUAGUUAUGAACAUUUCUACGUGAUUUAUUGCAAGUUUUGGGAAUUGGAUAGGGAUCACGAUCUUUUUAUUGAUAAGCAGGAUUUGACUAGGCAUAAUGAUCACGCACUCUCAACUCGCAUCAUUGAUCGUAUCUUCUGUGGGUGCGUAACCAGAGGUCAUAAACGUAACCAGGAGGAAAAAAUGUCGUACACAGACUUCGUUUGGUUCCUACUCAGCGAGGAGGAUAAGAUGCACCCCACCGCCAUCGAGUACUGGUUUCGUUGCAUGGAUCUUGAUGGUGACGGGUACCUGUCGAUGUACGAGCUUGAGUAUUUUUAUGAGGAGCAAAUGCAGAGGAUGGAGAGCAUCGGAAUUGAAACGUUGCCUUUUCAGGAUUGCCUUUGUCAAAUGUUAGAUAUGGUCAAGCCCAAGAUUCCCGGUAAAGUAGCGCUUGCCGAUUUGAAGAGGUGCAAAAUGACCCCGAUAUUUUUCGACACGUUCUUCAAUUUGGAAAAAUAUUUAGACCACGAGCAAAGGGAUCCGUUUGCGUCACAACGGGACCACGAUAUUGACGGAAUGGAAAUGUCAGACUGGGAUAGAUAUGCGGCCGAAGAAUACGAAUUAUUGGUUGCCGAAGAAGGAGGAAACGAUCCCAAUGACAGUCUGGAAUACGAAUGUGGCUUAGAUAGGCUCAUCCGAUGAAGGAAACGAGGAUGUUUUGUCCGAAAACUUGGAAGGUACAUUGGAAUUAUCCGACGACAGUGACUGCAGCAUCUAAUAACUCGAAUAUGAUUUUUUUUUUGAACAAAUAGUUUUUCUAGUCUGAACUGACGAACAAGAGUAUUUUUCGCAUUUUUUUCGCGAUACCGAUCGUCUCGAUUAGAAGUACACCUGUGAAUUUUUAUAUGAAAUUUGCAGCCUAAAAAAGAAAUUACUUCCUAAAAUUGAAGUGCCGCUUUUUUACCUUAGACAGUUAUUAGUAGGUAAUCUAGAGCAUUUAACGUGUGCGGGGUGUAUUAUUUUCUUUUAACACUUAAAAAUUCGGUUGAUAUGAUUCAGCUUCAAGUGCCAUAUUAGUAAAUACAUGAGAGUUAAACAAAGCACCAUGAGACACAAUAGAAGUUUUACUUACGCGCAACUGACAUAGAUUUCGAGUCAACUUUAGUGUGAAUAUUCGGUCCAUCCGUGGUAAUUUCGUAGCUGAAGUUCCCUGCCAGAUUAAAUUCUAUUUCCGUUAGGACCACUUGUGUAGAGUUCGAAUUUGUCAGCUGAAAUGAAAACAGUUACUUUAGCACUCCUUAUUUAUUGUGACAAAGGUUCUUCAACCGUAUAGUAAGGGUAUCGGGUAGAUGAUGACGAAUAGGUUACGUUUACGUUAUUAUUGUCCAUCAGGGUUUUAGAGUAAGUAUUUAUGUUGUUGUUUUAAUUGAAAGGUGUACGGCAAGAAUAGCCGCUAAACCCUUUGUAAAAUAGUUUUAACUUAACGUUAACUGAAUCGGUCAUUUGAGAAACAGCACAUGUCACUUUUAAACCAUUUUACAGAAAAUAAGGUAUUCAAAAUAUGGGUAUUUGCAAAUGCGCGACAUACAAACAUAGAAUAUAAGGAUAUAUUUUUAUUGAAUAAUACGUCAAAAAAACAUAAAAUGAAAAGCAAAACUAAUUAAUGGUCUUCAUUUUCAGUUCUCGGCCAAUUUAUUAUCUCUGUAUAAAAGCCGUGGUGUUCUUCCUUCUGGAAUGUAUGCAAAAAGUCGCUCUAUGUCUUCAAGUUUUUUUUGAAUUUAUCGGAACCUUUCCUUGUAAAUAAGCUGGUUGUUGCACAGGGGUAGGAAGUUGUAAUAAGUUGAAGGUGGCAAAUCUAAAUUUAUGGCUUGUAACCCCGCAAUUAAACGCCUCAAUUACGCCAUUUGAAGAAUAUCUAAAAUGCGUGAAGUUUGAAAUUUGAAAGUAUUUUUGGUCCCUCGGCACACCUCUAACAAGAGAUUCAAUGGACAAAACGUUUUUUUUUAUAGAACUUUGGCCACCAACCUUUAAAAUCAGCAAUAUCUUCAGUUUUUGCAAGUUUUACAAAAUAUUUCGAUUUUUUUGUUGAAUUUACCAUCAUUUCGACGUAUUUCAUUAUUGAGUAGAUUCUAUCAUGUUUUUUAAUCACUCGUUUAAUGGUUGCAAAAUUUCGAUCAUUUGGUAAAAAAGAGUGGCCUCGUUGUGGAAAAUACUGGUUAAUGGUUUCGAAUCGCAUCGUAUGCACCAACGCCAUUAAAAAUCUGAUUAUAGUAUGGUUUCGAUUUUGACCACUACAACUGUCGGAGAAAAUAUGUAGAUGUGUAGUCCCGACUGGAAUUUCAUUCUGCAAAAAGUCCAAAAGAAAUGACGCUACUUCGUUGGGACCCUUUCUUGCGAUACCCUCAUGAUAAAGGUAGAACUUGGCUUUCUGUUUUCCAGCUAAAUUUAUUUCAAAAAUAUUAAGAGUAAGCUGUCUUAAAAAGUUUCUUGUACUGGAACCAGUGGCAAUUGAAGGUUCUGCAUAUAAUCAAAUGUUAUUACGACGGUAUUAUCAUUUUCGGGAUUUUGGGAAAUUUCAGUACAGAGUUUUAGUUUGUUAUAAAAUUUCUUAGCUCUGCGUUUGUGCACCAUUAAUUCCGCAGCAGCGGUUCGUUUAGGAGUAUCAUUCAGCGAGGGACUUUUUAUUUUGACACCUAGUUCUUCGCAUGUCUUUCUUUGCUACUAUAAUGUGAAUUUUUCGUAAGAAAGCUCCUGAUAUGAUCCUCAAUCUGGCAAACUAUAUUUCCUGGAAUUGCAUUUCCAGAAAUACACUUGCCUCUUUUGUCAUUAGGAUGUUUGCCCUCUACAAGUAACUUAGUUAGACGUCGAACUCUAGCAGGUGUAAUUGCGUGAAUGUUAAUAAAAGCCUUUUUGCACACCACGAUUCGUCCAGAUGAGGAUGUUAAAAAGUAUUUAAAUGUGUAAGAUUUCGGUUUAGCUCGCCCUAUAUUCCUUGGCCUUUUAACUUUGACGUUUUGCCAAGACAUUUACGCUUGUAAAUAUGCAUCCUGCUCAUUCUUGGUUGCCAAAAGUCUGAAUUUUUGAAGAAUCUCCUGACGGUCACCUUCGGAACAUCGGUUAUAACACUUUAACUUACAUCUACAAAAAAAAAAUAACAUAACCUUCUUUUCACCCUGUUCUUUAGCAGAAACUACAGCACCUUUAUAAUUAAUAUAUUCUUCACCCUUUAGUCUAGCAUUUUUUAUUAUUUCACACUUGUAUAACUUUCUUUUACCCUUCUUGUUUGUUAAAAUAGUCGGAGCACUAUCAGAGUCACUACCACUUGUUGACGGCAUGGUUUACAAUAACAAACAACACAACAAAAAAUAGCACUACUUAUAAUGCUUUGAGACUAUGAAUUAAUUAUUUUAACUAGUCCAGGCAUUUGAGGCAUAAUUUUAAUUAAAGUGCCUAAAAUGUUUAACUAGUAUAAAUUAAUUAAUUUAAAUAGUCCUGGCAUUUGAGGCAUAAUUUUAAUUAAAGUGCCUGAAACCUAGAGCUGAAAUGCCUGGAAUUGUAAAAUAAUUGAAAUUGAAACGUCACUAAUAAGCACGACUGCUUGAAAUAAUUUCAACGUAAACUUUAACUAUAAAUUACUUAUUUAAUUAUUAAUUUUAAGUCCAGACAUUUGAGGCAGAAUUUUAAUUAAAGGGCCCGAAAUCUACAUCUCGACUGCCUAGAAUUUUAAAAAUGAUUUAAAUAUAAACGUCAAUAAUAAAUUCGUUAAUUAAUUAUUCCAGGCAUUUAGGUCAUAAUUUUAAUGAAAGUAGUUGAAAUGGUAAGAAAUCUACAGUACGAAUGUCUGAAAUUGUCAAAUAGUUUUAACUUGAACGCUAACUAUAAAUUAAUUAAUUAAACUAGUCCAGGCAUUUGAGGCAUAAUUUUAAUUAAAGUGCCUGAAACCUAGAGCUGAAAUGCCUGGAAUUGUAAAAUAAUUGAUAUUGAAACGUCACUAAUAAGCACGACUGCUUGAAAUAGUUUCAACGUAAACUUUAACUAUAAAUUACUUAUUUAAUUGUUAAUUUUAAGUCCAGGCAUUUGAGGCAGAAUUUUAAUUAAAGGGCCCGAAAUCUACAUCUCGACUGCCUGGAAUUUUAAAAAUGAUUUAAAUAUAAACGUCAAUAAUAAAUUCGUUAAUUAAUUAUUCCAGGCAUUUAGGUCAUAAUUUUAAUGAAAGUAGUUGAAAUGGUACGAAAUCUACAGUACGACUGUCUGAAAUUGUCAAAUAGUUUUAACUUGAACGCUAACUAUAAAUUAAUUAAUUAAACUAGUGCAGGCAUAAUUUUAAUUAAAGUGCCUAAAAUGUUUAACUAGUAUAAAUUAAUUAAUUUAAAUAGUCCAGGCAUUUGAGGCAUAAUUUUAAUUAAAGUGCCUGAAACCUAGAGCUGAAAUGCCUGGAAUUGUAAAAUAAUUGAAAUUGAAACGUCACUAAUAAGCACGACUGCUUGAAAUAAUUUCAACGUAAACUUUAACUAUAAAUUACUUAUUUAAUUGUUAAUUUUAAGUCCAGGCAUUUGAGGCAGAAUUUUAAUUAAAGGGCCCGAAAUCUACAUCUCGACUGCCUGGAAUUUUAAAAAUGAUUUAAAUAUAAACGUCAAUAAUAAAUUCGUUAAUUAAUUAUUCCAAGCAUUUAGGUCAUAAUUUUAAUGAAAGUAGUUGAAAUGGUAAGAAAUCUACAGUACGACUGUCUGAAAUUGUCAAAUAGUUUUAACUUGAACGCUAACUAUAAAUUAAUUAAUUAAACUAGUCCAGGCAUAAUUUUAAUUAAAGUGCCUGAAAUGUUUAACUAGUAUAAAUUAAUUAAUUUAAAUAGUCCAGACAUUUGAGGCAUAAUUUUAAUUAAAGUACCUGAAACCUAGAGCUGAAAUGCCUGGAAUUGUUAAAUAAUUGAAAUUGAAACGUCACUAAUAAGCACGACUGCUUGAAAUAAUUUCAACGUAAACUUUAACUAUAAAUUACUUAUUUAAUUGUUAAUUUUAAGUCCAGGCAUUUGAGGCAGAAUUUUAAUUAAAGGGCUCGAAAUCUACAUCUCGACUGCCUGGAAUUUUAAAAAUGAUUUAAAUAUAAACGUCAAUAAUAAAUUCGUUAAUUAAUUAUUCCAGGCAUUUAGGUCAUAAUUUUAAUGAAAGUAGUUGAAAUGGUAAGAAAUCUACAGUACGACUGUCUGAAAUUGUCAAAUAGUUUUAACUUGAACGCUAACUAUAAAUUAAUUAAUUAAACUAGUCCAGGCAUAAUUUUAAUUAAAGUGCCUGAAGUCUCCAAUUAGACUGCUUGGAAUUGUUAAAUAAUUUAACUUGAAACAUCAUUAAGAAAUUAUUCCAGGCAUUUAGAUCAUUAUUUUAAUUAAAGUGAAACGGUAAGAAAUAUAAAGCGCCUAUUUCCAAGGGUCUCUGUGUACCAAAACUGUCAUAUCCCCUAACGCUUUUCUUUCUUUACAUUCAUUCACAAGAUUAAAAGGCAAUAAUACACCUUCAUAAGUAGUCUUUAGACUUAAGAAUCUAAUAAAUAUAACCCCAAAGCACAAAAUGAUAUAGUGUGAUGUUUUCUAAGCAAGAAAAAAAUAAUAAUUUUGUAUCCUUGAAUGGGCUCGAAAUAGUUUUUUAUGCGAUCCUCAAAGGUGCGCUAUACUAUUCGUCUUUAAUCACUAUGAACUUUUUGUAAUUGUUGUUUUAAAUUGAAUAGUCAAUAUUAUAUAGCGGAUCAGUAGGAAAAUGUAUGAACUUAAUUUUUAACGUGGUUGUAUUAGUUAGUUGUUCAUAAAUGAUAACGGUGAUGCUGUUAGAUGAAUUGUAAUUUAUUUGACAUUCCGCCCUGGGUUUCAGCACCUCCUAAACCUUUCGCUACAUGACUAAAUAGUUCACGUCAUGGAGGCAUCAAGAUUUAAUUAAAGUCAACCGAUCAGAAUAAAGAGGGGUGCCGAAUCCUAUAGUGGAAUGUCAGAAUCCACCUUUGAUACGGUUUCUACCCAAAAAACUGUUUUUUUUAGGGAUUUCCUUAAACAAAAAGUAUAAUAGGCCAAUUGGUUUUACAUUACUUACAGAUAGCAUCAUUGUUGCAGUUUUUUUACAUUAUAUCACUUUUUAGAUAUGUUAUAAUAUAUAAUCGGCGUUUUUUUUUUUAAUUAUUUAUUAUUAAAGUUUAGCUUAAGUGUUGUAAUUUUUAUAGUUUAAGAUAUUUAUUGGACGAACAUGGGUAUACUUGUAUGCUGUUUUGAAUGCGUUAAGUUGUUUUCUUUUUUUUUGUUAUUUCAGUUUAAAUAGCUUUAUACGCGUGUGGAAGGUUACGAAUUUUUUAAGACUGUAUCCACACACUCGGUAGGAAUAUACUACAUCAUUAAUUAUUUUUUUUUAGAUUUUAAAUACAUUGAAUGCACUUUCUAAUAUUAUAUUUAUUAUUAAUUGACUAGAAAUUUUAGUAUUUUUUGAAUUUAUUAAAAAACUUGUAGUACAGAGGGUUCAGUUUAAGUGUGCUCUAAACGUGAGUAUUGAAUAUAGUAAGCUCUGAUGACGGCUACUUUUGUAAUGAAACAUCAGAUAAAGUACAAUAAAUAAGUUUUCCAUUUAUUUUGGAGUCACUUAAAUCGGACACCUUGUAUAUAUUGGAAAAUUUUAUAACCUUUUUAGAUAAACGUGUUUUAAUAGUUAAUACCAAAUUUACUUUUUACGACACACGAAUAACUUAAACGUAUUAUUCUUUAGUACGUAUUUUUCCAAUGAACAUAUUUUAGUUUGCAUCGCAGCUAAUGAUCUAUCGUAUUCAUUAUUUAACUAAAUUUCUUUAUUUCUUUUAACAGUUAGGAUAUUAUUAUUAAAUUGAAUUUCUUGACUAGUCAUUUUGUCUAUAUAUAUAACAUUGUAUAAAUCUUUAUUAUACUGGUUUUCAUUUU